AUGCAGCAGUCGUCAAGACCGUUGACGCACCAGCGUCCCUCGCUCUCGGCAGCCUCCUCGUCACUGCCUGCCCGCCACACGCAUGCGAGAAACUCCUCCCACUCCCUUCUCACCGGAACCCUCAACCCGAACCACCGCGUCACCCGACGCAAGUCUGUCACCAACCAGACUGCCAACGUUGCCGCCCUUACCGCCGCCAUUGCCGACGGCGACCCUGCCACCGCGAUUCCCAUUGCCAACGCCAACGCUCGACGAAACACCAUGUCCAAGGCUGCCAAGAUGUCGAUUGCGGCCAGUCUCCCCUCUCCGCCGGCCAGCUUGCCGUUUCAGCGCUCCCUCGCCGAGUCCAAGUUGCACCAGGAGAGUGCCAUCGAUGACGAUUCCAUGUCGGGCGAUGAUGCCGAGGGCUCAGUUGACGGCAACCGCGCUCGUCGUGCCAGUGACGGCCAGCCCUUGACAAAGGACGGCAAGAAGAGCAACCGCGUCGAAGUUCGAUGUGAGACAUGCGGCAAAGGCUACAAGCAUAGCAGUUGCUUGACAAAGCACCUGUGGGAACACACUCCCGAGUGGUCCUUGACCUCGAAGCUGCUCAUCUCCAAGCAUCAGCAAGUCCAGCUUCUCGAGGCUGCUUCUGUUCUCCUGGCCAUGAAUGGCCCUAAUAAGGAGCCGGAAGCCGUGACUCCCCCCGACUCGGCAAAGGACUUUACCAGCGAGCCCGAAUCCGCCUCUCCGUCCGCGUCUGGUUACUCGGAGCACCAAGAGCGACAGAGCUCUGCCGACACGACCCCGCCUCCAUUUGGCGAGCCUCUUGGCUUCAACGGCUUGGCCUAUCGUGAGAAGCGUCUCAGUGGUGGCAGCGGCAUCGCCCAGAGCCUCCGAUCACCCUCAAUGGGCCCUGAGCACCUCUCCAGCAGCAUCCCGCAUGCCCAAUGGAGCGACGCCCGCCGACCCUCGCUGGGUCCCGCCGGUACUGGCAACGAAGACCGCGAUCUGGCUGCUGCUGUCGAGCUCUUGAGCUGCAGCUUUGGCAGCAAUGGAGGCCGCGAUGUCGUCGGCGUCCCGGCUGAUGCCCCGCCUGUGCCUCCCGUGCCCCAACAGUACCGCGAUCAGGCCCGAUCCUUCUCCACCGCUGGCUUUCUCAACAGCUUCCCCAGCCGCCAACCCGAAAGCUUCACCCGUGGCGAGUUCCGACGCGGCAGCCAAGACGUCAAGAUGGAGGACAGUGGCGAGUCGGCGGCCGACGACGACGAUCUCGAAACCCGCUCUCGUGCUCGCAGUGACGAGGAUGAUGACGGCGUCUUUGGCCGUAUGGAGGAGUAA